AUGGCGAUGAAUAUUGAUAUGUCCCAGGCUUCGGUCAUAAAAGAUGAGCAAGGCCGACCUUUCAUCGUGGUUCGAGACCAAGGCAAAAAGAAACGACAGCAUGGCAAUGAGGCCGUCAAAUCACACAUUCUUGCUGCGCGAACUGUAGCCAACAUUGUCAAGUCUUCAUUAGGCCCACGAGGCCUCGACAAAAUUCUCAUAUCCCCUGACGGAGACAUCACAGUCACGAACGAUGGAGCUACUAUCUUGAGCCAAAUGGAGAUCUCUAAUCACGUUGCUAAGCUUCUGGUUGAGCUCUCGAAAUCCCAAGACGACGAAAUAGGAGAUGGCACAACGGGCGUGGUAGUGUUGGCUGGAGCGUUAUUGGAACAGGCGGCGGAACUCAUCGACAAGGGAAUCCACCCAAUACGGAUAGCCGACGGUUAUGACCAGGCGUGUGAUAUCGCAGUGGCCGAACUGGACGCCAUCGCAGAUACUAUCGAAUUCACAAAGUCCCAAAAAGAGAAUUUGGUCAAGGUAGCACGGACGAGUCUGGGUAGCAAAAUCGUCUCGAUGGCUCACGAUCAGUUUGCCAAUAUUGCUGUGGAUGCCGUUCUUGCUGUUGCCGACCUUGAGCGCAAGGAUGUCGACUUUGAUCUGAUUAAGGUUGACGGCAAGGUGGGAGGCGCACUGGAGGACACACUCCUGAUCCAGGGUGUUAUUGUUGACAAAGACUUCUCGCAUCCCCAGAUGCCUGACGAGGUUCGAGAUGCCAAGAUCGCAAUUCUAACGUGUGCCUUUGAGCCACCGAAGCCAAAGACCAAGCACAAGCUCGACAUCACAAGCGUGGAGGAGUUCAAGAAGCUACAGACUUACGAGCAGGAAAAAUUUGAGGAGAUGAUAAAGCAGAUUAAGGAUACCGGGGCGAAUCUUGUCAUUUGUCAAUGGGGUUUUGACGAUGAAGCAAACCAUCUUCUGCUCCAAAACCAUCUUCCCGCUGUUAGAUGGGUAGGAGGGCCUGAAAUUGAGUUGAUCGCCAUUGCAACAAACGGACGGAUUGUGCCCAGGUUUGAGGAUUUAUCGCCCGAGAAACUUGGUCAUGCAGGGAUUGUACGAGAGAUGAGCUUCGGCACAACGAGAGAAAAGAUGUUGGUCAUUGAGGAAUGUGCAAACACAAGGGCUGUGACGGUCUUCGUUAGAGGAAGCAACAAGAUGAUCAUCGAUGAAGCCAAGCGCUCUCUUCAUGAUGCUCUUUGCGUUGUGCGAAAUUUGGUUCGGGAUAACCGCGUGGUCUACGGCGGUGGAGCGGCUGAGAUCGCUUGCUCCCUAGCUGUCGAAGAUGCCGCAGUUAAGUCACCAGGUCUCGAACAAUAUGCCAUGCGCGCCUUUGCGGACGCGCUCGAUGCGGUGCCAAUGGCUCUUGCUGAGAAUUCCGGCUUGUCGCCCAUCCAGACUCUUGCAGACAUCAAGAGCCGACAAGUUACCGAGAAGAACACGAGAUUAGGAGUAGACUGCAUGCAGACCGGAAGCAAUGAUAUGAGAGAUGCAUUCGUCAUUGAUCCACUAAUUGGGAAGAGGCAACAACUGAUGUUGGCAACCCAGUUGUGUCGUAUGGUCUUGAAAAUCAACAAUGUCAUUAUAGCAGGGAAUGGAGAGGACGAAUUUUAA